AUGCCCAAAGAAGGUGAAACAAUAAAGUUUAAUGACUUUAAUAAGAGAAUGAAAGUGCCAUUCGUCGUCUAUGCUGAUUUUGAAUGUAUGCUUACUCCAGUACAUUCUACCGGAAGUGAAGAGGAAUACACAAGCGGAUCGUACACGAAAAAGUACCAAAAACAUGAUGCGAUUAGUUUUUCGUAUUACAUAGUACAAGAAGAACACAAUUAUGCAAGGCCAGUAACAUACUUUGGCGAAGAUGCAGCUCAGGUUUUUGUAGAGAGGUUGUUCAACGAGUCUAAGAAAAUAAGCUAUCUAUAUUCAAAAGAAGCUGCUAAGCCAAUGGAACUUUCAGAGGAGGACGAUAUUACUCUAUUGACGGCCACUCAGUGCCAUAUUUGUGGAAAGGAGUUUACAGAAGACAAGCCGUUUGUUAGAGACCAUGACCAUCUUACAGGAAAACUAAGGGGUCCAGCGCACAACGCUUAUUCGGUUAAAUUCAUGUCAAGUAGUUUAGACAUACUCGUCAAGAACUUAUCUCCUCAACAUUUUAAGCAUACUUCGAAGUACUACUCGAGUGAACAGCUGAAGCUGCUGCAAAAAAAGGGUGUGUACCCUUAUGACUUUAUGGACUCCCUACAGAAAUUUGAAUACACGUCACUCCCACAUAAGAAAGACUUCUACAACAAACUAACCAUGACCAACAUUGAAGAUGAAGACUAUGAGCAUGCAAGCAAAGUUUGGAACGAAUUUAAUAUACAAAGCAUGAAAGCAUACACUUUACUCUACAACCAAUCAGAUGUAUUGCAAUUAGCAGACGUCAUGGAGAACUUUCGAAACAUUUGUAUGGAGACUUACCAGCUGGACCCAGCAUGGUACUACACAGCACCAGGACUAGCUUGGAGUGCCAUGCUCAAAACAACCGAGAUCGAACUUGAACUUUUAUCAGACUACAAUAUGAUUCUAAUGAUUGGAAACGGGAUACGAGGAGGAUUAUCACAAUGUUCGAACCGGUACGCCACUGCCAAUAACAAAUACAUGGAGGAACGUUAUAAUGAAAAUUUGCCCACGUCAUAUCUUACAUACCUUGACGCCAAUAACUUGUAUGGCUGGGCUAUGAGCCAACAUAUGCCUUACUCUGAUUUCAAGUGGGUAGAAGAUGUUCACAACCUUGAUAUUUUAUCAGUUCCAGAUGAUGGAAAUAUGGGAUACAUAUUGGAAGUAGAUUUAGAGUAUCCCCAAGAACUGCACGACCUACAUUCCGAUCUACCUCUAGCACCUGAAAGACAAAUACCACCCGGAUCUAAACAAGAGAAACUUCUAGCCACAUUGUUUGACAAAAAGAGAUAUGUUCUACACUUUCGGAAUUUGAAGCAAUACAUCUCUCUCGGUUUGAAAUUAAAGAAUAUUCACAAAGCAAUAAGUUUCACUCAGAGCAACUGGCUUAAACCUUACAUCGAUCUGAAUACUAGUAUGAGAACUAAAGCUACAAACAAUUUUGAAAAGGAUUUUUUCAAGCUUAUGAAUAAUGCCGUGUUUGGCAAAACCAUGGAAAACAUUCGGAAUCGUGUCAACAUCCGGUUGGCGACAAAGGAAAAACAAGUAGACAAGUGGUUGGCUCAACCUAACUUCAAGAGGAGAACAAUAUUUACGGAUCAACUUGCGGCAGUACACAUGAGCAAGACCAAACUUGUAUUCAACAAACCUAUCUACGUGGGAAUGAGUAUUUUGGACGUGUCUAAGACAUUGAUGUAUGACUUUCACUACAAUGUGAUAAAAGCACGAUACGGGGAUAAAGUUCAAUUGCAGUACACAGACACAGAUUCACUUACAUACUUAACAUAUACUGAUGAUGUAUAUAAAGAUAUGAAGGAAAUGCAAGAUUUUUUCGACACGAGUGACUACCCACCUAAUCAUCCAUGUUUCAGUGUCACUAAUAAGAAGAUCAUCGGAAAGUUCAAGGAUGAACUAAAUGGAAGAAUUAUGUUUGAACACAUUGCGUUGAAAUCAAAAAUGUAUGCAAAGCACUAUGUCGACAAUGGCAUCAGCUUCCAGGACUACACUGACUGA